AUGGACUCACCCUCAUCAACUCCCAGUGACCUUGCGAGAGUGCCAAAUAAAAUGCAAAAGGGCCAAUGGUCGGCUUUAUUUGAACGAUCUCCCAAUGCCAGUGCCCCCGAAAAGACCGAGGUUCAGUAUGCGACGUCCAAUCUACGUCGUGCACACACGGUAGCACAGGGGAGGAACAUGGGGACCAAAACAAGCAUGGGUCUGAAAGCCGCAAAGGAGCGAAUGACCACCUCGCUUCUUCGUGUCAAGGACAGUCAAGAGUUACUCCACAAGCGGUCGUCUAGGCGCCUUGAUCUCUCUGUUUCCCCGCGUGAUACCCUGGCAGGUGCGCGGGAGCCCAAUCACUUCGCCGUUGCUAACGUUGGGCAAAACGGGAAGAUAUUCCUGAGACCGAUUCGUAACCCACCGCGCCAGGAAUCUUGUUUUUCACCAUUUGUCUCAUCCGUCUACCAAUCCGGAGAGGCAUACCUUCACCCACACGCGUCCAGUGGCCAUGCUGCGGACGACCCUUCUCGGUGGUCGAAUUCCCAACUAUCUGAGCUUCGCCCAGAGCUGAUCCUGGAAGAGAGUGGCGAGGACGGCGAAUCGGUUUACACGGAGUCACGAUCUGCAUAUCAUCACCCUCGGCCUCGGCCGCACCAGAGGGCGCGCUCGUUCUCGACCAUUUCAGAGCAACGGUCGACCUCACGUCUAGGACAACACGGGGAGUUUCGACUUUUCAUUGAUCGUCCAAAAGAUCGGCCCAAAUCUGCGGAUGGAUCUUUACGCCCGACCCUGGACACCUCGAUUUCUCAGUAUCACUUGGACAUGUCGCGACUCAAUGUUGGUGGAAGUGCGCGUCUGCAUAGCUCUGUAUACUCGAGAACGUCGUCGUCGGUCAAUUUUCGGACUUCGCGACUCUUGACAGACAACAAGGAUGCCGGCCCAAUACGUGAUGUCUACGCGGACCCGAAUCGACCUUCAUUUGCGGCCUCUAUGUUCUCGGGUGCGGCGGCCAUCGAGCUGGCACGACACUCCUCUGCUACCGGCAAGCCCGUAUUCUACGAAUUGAAGGAGCCCAUUGAGCCGAGCAUCUUCGAAACCCUGGUGUCUGAGAUGGAUGACGGAUCGGUUGUCCGCUACGUACCGGGCAGCAAGAAUAUUAGUGCUGCCACCCCAGCGCGGAUCGUUGCGCAGAUAUCCUCCGAAUCUUUCAUGGACUAUGAGCUGGUGUCGGAUUUCUUCCUCACUUUCCGGUCAUAUCUAUCCACCCGCAUCUUACUCGCACUUUUGCUUGCGCGGCUGCAAUGGGCGAUCAAUCGCCUCCAGGACGAUGGGAGGAUUAUCCGCAUUCGCACGUUCGCGGCCCUCCGACAUUGGAUCUUGAAUUACUUCGUCGACGAUUUCGUCCCCGACUACGACCUGCGCAGUCGUUUCUGCGAGACUAUCAACGACCUGUACGAAAACGUGAAAGCUCGACAUGGUGGUGGCAUGAGUGAUCUGAAAAUUCUCAUUGAUCUCAAGCGUUGCUGGUAUGGAAAAUGCGCCGCGUACUGGAAUUUCCACGAUCAACACGGUGUAUAUCAAACCCCAGAUCACCUCAUCGUCCCCGGCGGUGAUCCCCAGCUAGACCAUAGCAGUCGUGACGGCUGUCCGGUGAACGUCGUUUUAACCAAAAGCAACCAGGGGGGCGAAAUCCACGAGAGUGAACGCUAUCAUGCCACUCUGCAUGAUCGCAAAAAUUCUUCCACCACAGCCAGAAGUAUGCCCAUAUCGUCAAAAAGUGAUCGGAGUGUUCAUGCAACUUCUUGUUCGUUGCCCCCCAAAUCGCCGAAGCGCCUCUCUAUGUCUUACGCUGGAACGAAGGCCCCCUAUCCAGUACCUGUGGUUCCAGAGAACCAAAUGUACCCAGCACAAGACCCCCCUUCUUCCUCGCCUAUUAUUCUGAGACGGUUACCCUUCCAUGGCCAUGCACACAAACGCAGUGGCAGCUUCUCUGACUCUGUCCGGGAUGACAGAGCGCCUCUGCCACUCCUUAAGCUCGACCACCAGGGUUCCUUACCGGCCCAAGAGGUCCUGCCCCUCGGUGAGCUAAUACGUGGCGAGCUUUUCCCUCCAGCAGAGUCGUACAUGACUAUCAUGGCUCCACCUUCCCCGCCGUUGCCAUCAUCGAAUGACACACCUGCUUCGGUUCACCGAAGUAAUUCAGACGUGACCUCUAAACCUUCGUCAUCGACUUCAGGUAUGAAGACAAUCAUUGGGUCGAUUCGUCGGGCGCUGAACAGCAGAAACGGCGGGCAAAAUGCCUCUUCUCGCAAUCCAAAUGGGCCAUCAGUCCGAGGGAAAACAUCCGCCCUGCCGAACAAUGUUGUAUUUGGGUCUGAUGCUUACCGAGAUAGAAAGGUAGCAGCAGCUACCAAGAAGCCCGUGAGGAUUGACACGCUCUGUGACGAAGCUUUGCGGCUGUACCAGAAUGCUGUGACCGGCCCUGCCCACUCCAAAGGAAGCGAUCCGUCUCAGGGGACUACGGCUCUCCAGGGGAAGAAUCCACAGCGAGGGUCGGGUCAAUAUGUGGAAUCCGUUCUACAUGCUGCCCCAUUCGACCGGUCCCGAUUAAAAAGCCGACUAACGGAAGGCAGUGAGUCUAUUGUCAUUGUAGAUGACGCCGGCCAGUGUGGCCAUGUCAUGUCAGGAGCAAUACAAAACCCGGCCACAAGACUGGGGCGGUCCCCUCGGUUUCGCGACGUGGAGUACACGCCCGCAGCCCCUAAGGUCCCUUCUUUUCUCUCCGUGUCUCAACGAUCGACGGUAGCAGGGGAUGAGAAUUCAUCGACUAUUUUUUAUGAUGAUAUGGAAUCGAGGUCGCUGCGUCGAAACUCACAGCUUUUGCGUCCACCUGGAUUUUCCGCCGUACGGCGAUCAACCUCAGCAGAACGCGGAUCUGAAACAUGGAGGGGGACCUCGCCAUCUCUACGCCUUCGAAAGUAUGCCUCGUUUCAAAGUGGUAUCUCCAAGCAUCUUGUCAGCAUAGGUGAUGACCCGAACAUUCCUACUGUAUAUCAACGACCCCAGGAAGCUUGCGAGAGACAAGCUGGCCCAACGCUUCGCCGAAGACCCGGGGGCGACUUGCGGCAAAUGCGCAAUGAGCUGGGGCUCCGGAUGUGCACCAGCUCAGGGUCGUGUGGAUCUGAUACGAUGGACCGCAGUUCUGUCGCCGAGAGUGCGGCCACCUGCUUCAGGGAUGCUGACUCCAGGCCCCAGACUAGUCUUGUGCCUCCUAAUCCGCACUUCUCCCUAAUCCAGACACAUUCGUCGCAGAAUAUACAGGGCUCUUUCGAGGCGGCUAUUGCACGGUUCGCUCAAAUUCCUGACGAUGAUGAUGGAGGGAUUGAAUCAACGUUGCUGAAGCUCGAAGGCAAAUGGGGAUCCAGCAGGACGCCCCUCAUUCAUUCAGAGAAGUCAACUCAAGCACUGGGUAGCUCCCGUGAACGAGAGCUGUUCUACCAUGGUAAUGCAUAUUUUGGGCCGUAUAGUCGUCCGGCUCUCGAAACUAGCCUUCAGAGACACCGCACCAUUACCGGGGAUCCUCUGGCCUGUUCGCCAGUCCGUAGUCGACUUGUUCAUCGCCGACCUUAUUCGGACUCUAUCGCAGAAUCUGAUGACUCGUACAACUCCAUACCGCUUCUCGAGAGGGGACUGAGCGACGAAUCCAUGAAAAAGCCUGUGACGAGCCGGGUGACUUCGCACCCUACUGUACCCCCGCGGCUGCAGUUAGGCAACACCUCAUCUCGUGACGCCUCCGACGUGGGAUCGUCGCACACGUCGCUCGAUAUAGUCAAGAAGACGGAAAGUAUCAAGUGCAUUCCACGGGGGUCAACGCUUCCCCUAUCUGGAUCCAGACAUUCUAGGAAUAAUUCUAGCCCCCUCUCAGGUCUAUCUUCUGAGAUCUCUGUUGACCUGAUAGAUCACGAAGAGGCUAUGGAAAUGUACCGACUCUCUGUGGACACACGAAGUUUGGGCGAUUCCUCUCUCGGACUCCCUCCGCAUCCUCUAGCCCAUCAUCCUCCCUCUCCUCCAAUGACGAUACAGAACCCUCACUCUGUGGCAUCUUGUGCGACUGCUCUGAAACCGGUUCUAUACCAGACGCAGCCUCUGACACCGGACCCAUCGCCGACAAAGAAGUAUACUGAACCGGCCAAUGGCCGGGCAUUUGCCAUGCAGCAGGUCUCGGGUGACGUGCUUUCCAGGUCGGAGAAGGACCGCCAACACCAUGAACCUCUGAAAGCAUUGGGGCCUGAUCAUGUACCAUUUGUGCUUUCCUGCGAGUCUCAGAUACUUGCGCAGCAGUUCACGUUGUUGGAAAUGGCGGCACUGAGUGAGGUGGAUUGGAAGGACCUGGUUGACAUGAAAUGGAGCAGUUGUCCUCCUUCCACCCUCAGCUGGGUGCAAUUCCUCCUGGACGACGAGCGCCGAGGCAUUGACCUGGUUGUGGGUCGAUUCAACCUCAUGGUCAAAUGGGUUCUGUCGGAGAUUAUGCUCACACGCGACGUCCACGAGCGGGCAUGUACCAUCUCCAAGUUUAUCCACACUGCCGUCCAUGCGCGCCGAAUGUGCAACUACGCAACAAUGCUCCAGAUUGCCAUUGCCCUGUCAUCGACCGACUGCUCCCGACUCCAGAGCACAUGGGCCUGCGUGCCAGCGGACGACCGACGCCUCCUGAUGGACAUGGAACUGCUCAUCCAGCCAGUUCGCAAUUUCCACGAUCUCCGAGUGGAAAUGGAGACGGCGGAUGCCCAGGAGGGCUGCAUUCCGUUUGUUGGAUUGUAUGUCCACGACCUCACCUAUAAUGCACAGAAGCCAGCCCAGGUGGCAGCUCACGAUGGGGAGCCAUUGAUCAACUUCGAGCGAUACCGCACGACGGCCAAAAUCGUCAAAAGUCUUCUGAGAUUGAUCGAUGCCAGUACGAAGUACACGCUAGAGCCGGUCCCGGGCAUUAUCGAGCGCUGUCUUUGGAUUGCUUCGUUGUCGGAAGAGGAGAUCCAAACACGCAGCAAACAACUCGCUUGA